UAACCCGGAGGUAGUUGCUGCUGUCGGGCUGCAGCUGGGUGUUGUUGUUGUUGUUGUUGCUUCUCUUCUUCCUUCAUUGUGUCAGUUUAUCACAGCUCUGUAAGUUUGUGUCACUGCAUCGCUUGGAUCCAUCUGGAUGUUGAGUGUCCGGGCGUUGUUUGGGAUCGGCUUCCUGGUGACGUCAAGGGCCGCGACAGUCCUCGCUCAGACAGGGACAUGUCCGCUGUCCGCUGCAGCCAACAACCACAAGAAGACUGAAUGUUUCAGUAGCAGGCCGGCAACCACCAUGGCACAGACCAUCAAAUAUCUCGGGCAGGAGGAGGCCCAGCACAUUGACGAGGAGCUCUUCAGUGAGUACGGCUUCAGUGUGGACCAGCUGAUGGAGCUGGCUGGACUCAGCUGUGCUACAGCCGUCACCAGGGCUUAUCCGAUUACUUCCCUGGUCAAAGCCAGACCGUCUCUGCUGGUGAUUUGUGGACCAGGUAACAAUGGAGGCGAUGGCCUGGUCUGUGCACGACAUCUUAAACUCUUCGGUUAUGAGCCGACCAUCCUCUACCCGAAGAGGCCGAACAAACCUCUGUUCAACAACCUGACCACACAGUGCCAGAAAAUGGAGAUCCCCUUCCUGACGGAGAUGCCCGAGGCUAAAGUUGUCGAUGAGGCGUACAACCUGGUGAUCGACGCCAUCUUUGGCUUCAGCUUCAAGGGCGCCGUACGGGAGCCUUUCGGGUCAAUUCUGAAUGUGCUGAAGAAGACGACAGUCCCCAUAGCCAGCAUCGACAUCCCCUCAGGUUGGGAUGUGGAGGAGGGCAGUGCAGAUGGACUGCAGCCCGACAUGCUCAUCUCCCUCACAGCUCCAAAGAAGUCCGCCUCCCUGUUCAGAGGACGAUACCACUUCCUCGGAGGUCGCUUUGUGCCGCCGGGCCUGGAGAGGAAGUACCAACUCAACCUGCCUCAGUAUCCUGGCACAGACUGUGUGCUACAACUGUAGAGGAUGUAGGUUUGAUGAGAGCGUGUCUUUAGAGGAAUAGUUCAACAUUUUGAGAAACGGUUAUCAUCUGCUUUUUUAAUCCAAAGAGAAGAUCGAUACCACCACUCUCAUGUUUGCCAAAAUUACAGAGCUGGUGUCUGGAAGUAAAUAGCCUAGCUCAGCAUAAAGGUGCCCACCAGCUCACAAAUGAACAAGCGAUAUGGUUUCGAUGUCACGAAUACGUAACACACAGCCAGUCUCAAGUAACCUUUGGAAAGAAAUUGGUACACACAUCUCUAAAUUUUGAACCAUUCCCUUAAAUCGUUGUGUGGAUGAGGGUGGGUGUGAUUUAAAGCCCGGCUUUGAGUUGUUAUGAUGGGGUUUUAUUAGCUCUCUGGAAGAUGCAUGAAAAUAAUAAUAAAAAAGGAUUAAUAAUU